AGUGUUGAAACAAAUAAAUUAUUGCACCAAGCAAAUAUACAGAAACUUUAUGGCAGACUCUGCGAACUUAUUAACAUGCAAUUUACAUGCGAUAUAUGCACGGAUGCGGUGCCGAGAAAACGAUUUAUAUCGUGCGGUUGUCCGCAUAAAUAUUGCGCUGAAUGUUUGGCAAAACAUUUUACCACGCUCAUCGCGGCUGGUCAGUUUGCUAACAUUGGUUGUCCAGCGCAAGGGUGCGAUACAAUUGCCACACAAGUGCUAAUAAAGCGUUUGGUAGACACAGAUAGUUAUGAACGAUAUGAAUAUUUAACCCUGAUACGUGCGGCAGGCAACAUGCCCGACGUGUGUUACUGUCCAAACGAACAAUGUAACUGGAUUGUAGAAACGGACAACACUAACGGGGCUACUUGUGGCAAGUGUAAACUAGAAUUUUGUACCAAAUGUCGCAAACAUUACCAUGGUCAUUGCGAUUAUGAUGAACAACGUGAACGUAUGUUCCGUGAACAAGAUGAACAAGCAAACGCCAUGAUUGCUAGCACAACAAAAUCAUGCCCUGGUUGCGGGUCUCCAAUUGAGAAAAAUUAUGGCUGCGAUCAUAUGACCUGUACUGUCUGUGGCAAUGAAUUUUGCUGGUUAUGUAAAGCUACAUGGGCUAAUCAUUGGAGGUGCGCGCGCUAAACUAUGGCAAUGUGAAUAUUACAAAUAU